AAGAGCUGUCGUGUCCGAUCUAUUGUGCCCAUCUUUCUCUCCCAUUGUUCGACGGCGACUUUACAAUAUCUACCCUUUCCUUUUGUAUCCUACGGACAACGUUCAUGUCGCACUUGUCGGGACGGCGGCGUGGCGAUGCAACAACGGGGUCUACGAAACAGCAACGCUCUCGCGGCGACGACCGGCGCUCUGACGUUGUGGAGAGUGAACCGCUCCUUUCGGCGGCAGAUCAGCUGACCGAGGAGGAAGCCCGCUGGGAGGAGAGCGACGACGAAGAGUGCGGCGACUCUCCCGAGCUCGGUUAUUCGGCGCCGGGAGUGCCAGGAGCGCGGAGGCAGAAGCAGAGGUCCCGCGAGCAGCAGCACCAUUGGCAGCGGCUGUUUCGGCUCCCGCGUGACGUUCCCGAGCCGGUCGGCGGGCGCGGAUUGGCUUCUGGCGCGGGGCACGUGGCACGCGGCUGCAGCGGGCACGACGAAGCGCGGGAAGCGGCGGCCGUCGGCAGCAACAGCAGCAGCCACUUCCAUCGAUCGGCGGCCGGGAGCCGGGACGGGCCCGUUACCGGCGCAGCAACGACCGGCGUCGAAGACGACGGCACGCGAGACGGCCAACAGGAGCCCAGCCGCAGCAGCAGCCGAAGGCGCCGCGCGGGGGGCCCGCCUCUGUCCAUGAGUCCCAGCAGCACCGAGUACCUGGACAUGGACAAGAGCGACGACGUCUCGCACAAGAACCGCGGCCUGUUCGUGUCGCAUAGAUGCAUCGCCGUGUGCGUCAUCCUGGUCGUGGCGGCACUGGCCAUCGUCGGCAUCUCUACGAAACUGCUUACCGAAAAGGCCGAGCAGGGCCCGCCGAAGAGUACCGAGCCGAUCAAGCCCGCGCCCUCCCCUCCCAAGAACGUGCGCCUUCCACGGUCGCUGGUGCCGGUCCACUAUGACGUCGAGCUGACGCCUAGACUAGAUGGGAACUUCACGUUCAAUGGAUCGGUGGCGAUCCUCGUGCACUGCGCGACAGAGACUUCGAACGUGACGUUGCAUAUCAAGGACCUAAACGUGUCGGACGUGUCGGUAAACGAUGCGGCCGCCGCCGGCGGCUCGCGCGUGGAGCACGACAGGUACGACGAGGACAAGCGCCUCCAGUUCCUCGUUAUCAAGCUGAAGAGACCGCUCAACGCGGGAUCAAACUACACGAUCAGGAUGAACUUUGUCGGCCACCUGAAUGACGAUCUCGCAGGAUUCUACCGGAGCUCGUACGUGGACGCUUCGGGACACAAGAGGUGGCUGGCGGCGACGCAGUUCCAGGCAACGGACGCCCGUCGGGCGUUCCCGUGCUUCGACGAGCCGGCCAUGAAAGCCACCUUCGCCGUCACCAUCGUGCGGCCGGCCGGCAUGAAGGCGCUCUCCAACAUGCCUAUCGGCUCGACGACGGACAGGCCUGGCGGACUGCAGGCGGAUGCUUUCCAGACUACUGUACGCAUGUCUACUUACUUGCUGGCUUUCGUAGUGAGCGACUUCGAGUCGCGGGGUGAUACUAAGUUCAGGGUGUGGGCCCGGCCGAAUGCCAUCUCAGCCGUGGAAUAUGCGCUAUCAAUUGGGCCAAAAAUCCUAGAAUUCUACGAGAACUACUUUUCGGAAAAGUAUCCACUCCCAAAGACUGACAUGGUCGCACUGCCAGACUUCAACGCUGGCGCCAUGGAGAAUUGGGGACUGGUUACCUUCCGAGAGACGGCGCUGCUCUUCAACCCGAACGAGUCGUCGGCCGGGAACAAGCAGCGUGUCGCCGUCGUCGUCUCGCACGAGCUCGCACAUCAGUGGUUCGGCAACUUGGUUACCAUGGAGUGGUGGGACGACCUGUGGCUCAAUGAAGGCUUCGCUACCUACGUUGAGUAUCUGGGCGUGGAUUUCGUGCACAAGGACUGGGAGAUGGCGCAACAGUUCAUCGCCGACGAACUGCAGCCAGUCAUGGAGCUUGACUCCCUCAAGUCGUCGCACCCUGUUUCGGUUCCCGUCUACAACCCUGACGAAAUCAUUGAAAACUUUGACAAGAUCUCCUACGGAAAGGGAGCAUCUAUAAUUCGUAUGAUGAAUUUCUUCCUCACGGAACCAGUCUUCAGGAAAGGUGUAUCGACCUACCUGAAGAAACGGUCUUUCAACAACGCUCGCCAGGACGACCUUUGGAAGGAGCUCACCAUGGCUCAAAGUGAAGGCAAUCGCGUGGACGUGAAGGCUGUAAUGGAUUCGUGGACUCUCCAGACGGGCUACCCGGUCAUCACCGUCGAAAGGUCGUACGAGAGCGGCACUGCAAAAAUUUCGCAACAGCGCUUCUUGGUCGACGGCAGCACGGACAACCAGACGCUGUGGAAAAUACCGUUCACCUACACUGACGCCAGGAGUCCCAAUUGGAAUGCUACAGAACCCAAACUGUGGUUUACCAACAAAACAGCCGUCAUCACGGACCUGCCAACAUCGAAGUCGGAGUGGUUCAUUGCGAACGUUCAGGAAGUGGGAUUCUACAAGGUCAACUACGAUGAACAAAACUGGAAGCUUCUGAUUAAGCAGCUCAUGGAAAGGCAUACGGACAUUCACGUCAUUAACAGGGCGCAACUGUUGGACGACAUUUUGGAUCUAGCAAGGGCUGGCACCCUGGAUUAUGGUCUGGCUCUGAAUGCGACGCAGUACCUGGCUAAGGAAGAGUCGUACAUCGCCUGGAGCCCCAUCUCUGCGAACCUCGCAUUUAUCAGCCGCAUGCUGGAGACCACCGAAGUCUACGGAAAGUGGAAGAAAUACCUGCUCAGCCUAGUGAAGCCGAACUACGACCGCCUCACGUGGAACGAGGAGGAAGGGGAAUCCAUUUUGACGACGUUCCUUCGCACUGAGAUGUAUGCAACGGCGUGCACACUGGGUCACGAGGACUGUGUCAAGGAAGCACUCAACUACUUCCGCACUUGGAGAGACAGCAAGGCGGAGAAAAGCCCCAUCAAACCCAACUUCCGUUCGUUUGUGUACUGCACGGCCAUCGAAAACGGUAACUACGACGACUGGUUGUUCAUGUGGGACAUGUACAACAAGACUUCUGUGGCCUCGGAGAAAGUGAAGCAGCUGCAAAGCUUGGCCUGUUCCAGGGAACCAUGGGUCCUCAACAGUUUCCUGAUGAAGACAAUCACGCCCGACUCCGGCGUUCGCCGGCAGGACGGCGCGGCGGUCAUCAGCGCAGUCGCUUCCACUGUCUUCGGCCGCAGCCUCCUCUUCAACUUCCUGCUCGAGAACUGGGAAGCCAUCUACAAGACCUACUCAGCUGGCGCCUUCUCACUUCCUCGUAUCUUCGGUUCAGCCAGUGGCUCGAUCCAUUCACACUUCCAGAUGGAGAUGCUGAGCGUGUUCUACGAGAAGCACAAGGAGACCGUGUCGGCUGUGGGCCGGACUUACAAGCAGACUGUCGAGAAGGCCGAGUCCAACAUCCGCUGGAAGGAGAAGAACUACGCCCGGAUACGGGACUGGCUGAACGAAAAAAUAAAGUAGCCGCCCGGCCUCACUUAGGCAUCCUAGGUUAUACCAAAUUGAUAAACCGAGAUGCGCUCUAUUUUGUUCUUUUGUUCCUGUACUUCAU